AUGUUGAAAUCUGUCGGCGUUCCAACUGUCUACAUGACCACAGUUGUCUUUCUCCAUCGUAUCGUUGAGAAUGCUCUCUACCAGAUUUUCAGAUCGAUCGUCCAACACAAGCAAUAUCUGAGAGAAAGCCACACUGGAUACCUGCCACUUCGCCAGAGAAUCGAUGCCAAUGACGUGAGAGACAUUGAAAGAGCGGAUCCAGUUGCCUCUCUGUACUUUCCAGAGAUAUUGCAAAUGCCAGAUCGUGCGUCACUGGAGCAUCCGACUGACUAUGCUCGGAAAAUCAACACAUUGCUGCGGCAAAUCAAAGAGUCGGAUGUGGUGCUCGCAUCUGAUAACCAGGACGACAUAUUGACACCUGCUCCCAUGGUCCACAAGAACUUCAAGAAGCUGAUACAAGUGAUUCCAACUGAGCAGCAUGUGAUCAUCGCCAACAUGAUUGGUAUCGACAUCUCCAAUUGUUUGGAGAAGACCUCGGUAGUUGCCAACAAGUUUAUCACUCGCAUCAAACAGAUCACUCAAGAACAAAUGGCUGUGUUCCUAUAUGAAGACAAUGGAGAUGAUGCCGGAGAGGAGUACAGCAAGAGCCAACGCCAGAAAAUAGAGAGAUGGUAUCAGUACAUGGCCGAAGAAAUUGAGCACGAUGGUGAUGAAGAGGUUUGGUUCAUGACUCCGAUACAGGCAUUCAAGGUGUUUGGAAAUGAUGACGAUCUCAGACGCAUGAAAUAA